AGAGAGAGAGAGGAGCGCUUCGAAGGAAAGCAGAAACACAUCAGACGCUCGGGAGGAAGGAAAGAGGAUCUGACAGACAAACCAAAACCUUUGUGUUCCGUCUAAAUGGAUAAAUGUGCAGCUGCAGCGCUUUAUGCUACUAAAGGAAUUAACAUGCAAAACUAGCUGAAGACUCAACAGGAAAGACUUCAGUGAACUUUACCCCGAUCGCUAACAAGGACACAAAAACGCAAACAUCCUGCCAAACACGAUGAGCGGUGUUUUCAGCAACCGCUCCAGCAACCUCUCGUGUCCUCUGGAGGAGGAGACCCUGCGGCUCCCGCUGGCCGUGCUCUACACGCUCAUCUUCUUGUUCGGACUGGCAGGAAACCUGCUGGCUCUCUGGGUCUUCCUCUUCCUGCACUCGCGCAGAAACUCUGUGCGGGUCUUCCUGAUCAACGUGGCUCUGGCGGACCUGGUUCUGCUGGCGUGUCUUCCCUUCCGAGUGCUGUACCACGCUCAGGGGAACGUGUGGUUUCUGGGGCCGCGCGUGUGCAAGGCGGUGGGCAACCUGUUCUACAUGAACAUGUACGUCAGCAUCACCCUGAUGGGCCUGAUCAGCCUGGACCGCUAUCUGAAGAUCAUCGGGGUGCGGGGCUCUCAGAGGGGCUGCGGGCCGCGCUGGCUCCGGGGCAGUCGCUGGAGUCUGGUGACCUGUGUUCUGCUCUGGAGCGGCUCUCUGGUGAUGGUGGUGCCCAUGAUCGCGCUGGCCGAGGGGAACGAGGAACCGGGCAAGUGUUUCCAGUACAAGCAGAGAAAGCAGGCACGAGGCAAAGCCUACUUCAAUCUGUUCAUGGUGGCGGUGUUCUGGCUGGUGUUCGUGGUGCUGCUGGCCUCAUACGGACGGAUCGCUUUCAGACUCCUCCAAGCAUCGAGGGACAAACCGGACCUGCCUAACGCUACACGCUACGCCCGCACUGCUAGGAAAUCCUUUGUGGUCCUGCUGCUCUUCACCAUCUGCUUCGUGCCGUAUCACGCCUUCAGGGGCUUCUAUGUGGCUUCGCAGCUUCGUGACAUCAGCUGCGAGACGCAGCGGCUCAUGGAUCUCACCAACGAGCUCAUGCUUCUGUUCUCGGCUCUCAACAGCUGCCUGGAUCCCGUCAUGUACUUCAUGCUCUCAGGAUCGGUGCGUAAGGCCACCGUCCGGGCCUUGUCUCAAUUCCUGCGUUUGCAGCAUGAGCCAGCAGCGACCAACAGCUCGACCACGGAGUUCCGGAGGACUUCGGUGUCGCAUGCUUCCAACGCCCCGGUGCUGGCCGCAUCCAGAGGCAGCCUGGGACUAAUCACAGCCAGCCUCCGAGUCAAACCAGACGAGGGAGAGUCCUGUCCGCAGAUCACAGCGCUCUCCAGCUCAUCGUGAGAUGACAGGGAUUCACAUUUAACCCACGUACUAGCCACAGGAGACUCACUGCUGUAAAAAAAACCAUGACUUGUUUAAAAAGUUUGCAUGGGAAAGUUCUUGAGACACCGCUUCUGCGAGUCUGUGAGGGACAUGGCUGGACGCCACAACCGCAGGAGAUCUCCACACAUCUGCUUUGAGAUUUAAAACCUAUUAGAUACAACAUUCACUGAACACGGACAAAAGAAUUGGCACCCCCUUCUAAUAAACAGGUUUGAAUACUUUUAGUACAAAUUCAACGUUUAAGCAUGAUCAUAUUCUAGAGAAUUGUGUGCUUCUAAUUUUAUAGCAGAAGUUUCUAUUCUAACAUGACAAUGCCUCUGUGUAUAAAGCAAGGUUCAAAAAGAAAUGAUUGAGCCAAUGUGGAAAACUUGACUCUGACUUUAAAGGCAGACCUUGAGUCAAAACCUCAUCACCAAGCGGCGCUGACGUGUAUAUAUGCCAUAUGGACAAAAGUAUUUGAACACCCAUUCUUCAGAACAGAAAUCAGUGAGUCCAACACUGAGACGAAAACAAUUUAUGCAUUUAAAAAUUGCAUUUCCAUCUCAGGGUCUAAAAUGACUGUCAAGUCAAUGGCGUUUGUCCAGAAUACCAUUAAAUGCUUAAACAUUUCGGUACUAGUCGAGCCUGUUCAUUAGAAGCGCUGUCCUAAUACUUAUAUAUACACAAUAUAGUGUAUUUCAGUGAUACACAUGAAGGAUAAAGGGCGCCUCCUGUGGGAGGAAAAGAGUUACUGCACAUCAUGUUAAAGUGAACCAGACACAGAACUGUGCAGAAGGAGCUGGUCUGAUUCGUCCAGUGUUAGUCUGAUCCCAUGCAGCAUGAUUUUCUCUAAAGACAGCAGGUUCUGAGUCUGGGAUCUCAUGAAGAUCAGACACAACGAUCUGACAGUAAUCAUAGACGGAUGCCUCUUGAUGUUCCACGGUGCAACUUAUGUCACUGACCAGUGAAUCUCAAUCGUUUGUGACCUCUGGGCACGAGCUGGUGAAGUUUUAAAGGGUGUAGAGUCACGCCAGUCACAGAUCAGACACUCAGUGAACACAUGAACUCAUUACACAGAGUAAAAAAAAGUGUCUGCCAAUGCAUCAAUGCACGUGUCCUUUUUAAGAGUAUAAUAAUCAAGGGAAUAAAACAUGGGAUUAUUAUUUACAGUGCUUACAGUGUGUUUCUCACUUAAAGGCACAACAUGAAAGUUUUUUCGCCACUAGAGGUCAGAACACAAUAAGAAAACCGAAGCUUGAUGACGCUAUGAAGGACGAUGUUCACAGAUGAAGUAAUGAAUUAUUCUGUUUAUUACCUGAACCUUCCAUUUAUUCAUACAGCUAAUAAAAUGUACAAGGAAAGUGAGCACAGAAUAUUAACAAUGUCAAAGAACAUUAUGACUGACUUCGGUUUAAUGCAAGUUUAAGCACUCACAAAAACCAAAGGAGUCACAUAACCUUUAAGUGUUCUUGAGAGCGACACUGAGGCCGAGGGACUGAUUUGUGCAUGACAUACUCUUUAAAGACGUUGAAGAUGUUAGUGAGCA